AGUCACCGCUGUGUCACGAAUGUAUGCUAAUACAUGACAGACCCAAACUGGGGCUAAUUUAACGUUAGCUAACUGUUAGCUAAUCAUAAAGCUAACUACUCAAACGCGUUGAAAAUUGAAGAGUUAAAACUAUUUUUUAAUGCGAUUACAUGUUAAGUUACAGUGUUAAGUAAAGGUCACGUUGUUAAAUACGUUGGAUAAAUUUCCAGUAUAUAAUUAUGUUUUUGUGGUAACGUCCAAGUAACGGAUUACUCUUUGUUGAAGUAACAGUCGAGCUCGCGCUGCUCGGGUGGGGUAGUGGGCUCUCGUGCGGGCGGUGUGUUCAGGGACCAGACAACUGCAGUGGGUUCUUCUUGUGUUAUACUCGUUCCGGGGCGCCGCUGUCAGGCACUGUGCCUCCGUAACGUUACGGUUUCAGUCGGUGAACCACACACACUGAGUGAUGCGCGACCAGACAGCACCAUCCCUCGCAAAUCCGAAAAGGAGGUGACUCGAUCAGCAUAUGACAUUCCCCAGGUCAUCGCCUGGAGCAAACAGUAGAGCUACUCUGCCUACCUACGGAUAUCAGAUCAAACCAAUAAAAAUGCAUGGCCUCUAAGCCGCCAAUCAUGGCUCAUAGGAAGAGGCCAGGGACUAGUGGAGGAAGCAGUAUGGCUGCUCCAGGCCCUGUCUCCUGUCCCACCCCUCAUCCUACCGAGCCAUGUGAUCUUAAAGCCCUCCCCCCUCGGCAACGCACAGUCCGCUACCCCAAAGAGUCACAUGAUCCAAACCACCUCCCACGUUCCUGUAAGGCACAAUAUUCUUCUCCCAAGUCUCAAGACGUGGGUCACAAUCACUCAGAUGUGGAUGUAGACACAGAGGCUGAAGUGAAGCGGUACAGCAACCAAGAAGAUGCAGAGCUGGAGGAUCAGCGGCCAGCAACACCCUCCACGCCAGAACAUGAACACGACCAAGAUGAUCAUGAGCAGGUGGACUUCCGUGGUGGGGCUGACAGCCUGGAUGAUGACUCCAGCUCUGACUAUAUCAACAACACCUCAGAUGACGAGGAAGACUAUGACGACGGACUGGCCGAGGAGGAUGAAGGUGUGACUUACUACAUCCGCUACUGCCCAGAGGACGACAGCUACCUGGAAGGUAUGGAUUGCAGCAGCCAGGGAGACUGCAGCCACAGCCAGGGCGACUGCGCCAGCACCAUGCAACCGGUCGGACCCCACCCUGAUGAAUGUAAAGAGACUGUGGAAGGAUGGGCCGAGGAGGGAGAUGGUGAGGGGGAGGUGAAAGAGGAAGAAUGGGUGGAAGAUGAGGAGGGAGAGGGAGCAGUGAGGGAAGAGUGGAGAGAAGAGGAAGAAGAGGUGAGGGAAGAGUGGAGAGAGGGAGAUGAGGAGGUGAGGGAGGAAUGGAGAGAGGAUGGCCAGGUCAGGCAGGAGCAGUGGGCAGGACGAGAGAGGCAAAGGGCGGAGGAGUGGGGUGAGGGACAGGGCGAGGUUCGCUGUGAGGUGGUGGAGCAAGAUCCGGAUGAGCAGAUCUACAAUGGAAGACCAGAACCCAUCCUGGACCUUCAUCAUCACCAUCACCAUCAUCACCACCACCAAACCUCUCUGCAAGACACCCUGCACACCCGAGAGGAAGAGGAGGAGGCAGAGAGCGAGGAGUACUGCCCUAAUGAGGAAGAAGAUGAGGAAGGUGAUGAGGGGGAGAGACAUGCAAGGGCCUACACUGGAGAUUAUUAUGCCCCCGAGGACAAUGGGAACUCAGUGCGAGUCUCUCCAUACCGUGGCCGUAAAUUGCUGGUGGUUGAGGGGGAGAUGGGGGAGGAGGCGGAGGAGGACAUUGACCAAAUUGUUGCUGAGAUCAAGAUGAGUAUGAGCAUGGGGAGUCUAAGCAGUGGUACUGACCAAAGCCCAGAGGAGCUGGCGCAGGACCCCGCACCAAGUGACUACCCUCACACCAAGCCUGACGCAGCCCCCUACCCACCAGCUCACCACCGCCACGACAGCAGGCCCAAGUCUCUGAAUCUCCCUUCCAUGCACCACACUAACCCUGACCUCCAGAGGAGCAUCAAGGCACAUCCACGCUCACCAGAAGACAGGCAGAGAUGGCCACAGGAGCAGGUGAGCAAUGGUGCAGAGCAGCCCAGGAAACAGCAGCGCUCCGACCUCAACGUUCCCCUGGAGAACAACAACGUACCAGAGCCAACAAAGAAGGUUGCAUCGUUCCCCAGCUUCGUCGAUGUUCCAGGACCCUGUGAGCCAGAAGACCUGAUUGAUGGGAUUAUCUUCGCUGCUAACUACCUGGGCUCCACUCAGCUGCUGUCUGAGAGGAACCCCUCCAAGAACAUACGCAUGAUGCAGGCCCAGGAGGCUGUCAGCAGGGUCAAGAGGGUACAGAAGGCUGCCAAAAUCAAGAAAAAGGCGAGUCCAGACGGAGAUGCUCAAACCCUCACUGAGGUUGAUCUGUUCAUCUCCACCCAGAGGAUCAAAGUCCUCAACGCAGACUCACAGGAAACAAUGAUGGACAAUGCACUUCGUACUAUAUCCUACAUCGCUGAUAUUGGGAACAUUGUGGUCCUGAUGGCAAGACGCCGGAUGCCACGCACAGCCUCACAGGACUGUAUUGAAACUACGCCCGGGGCACCAGAGGCAAAGAAGCAGUACAAGAUGAUAUGCCACGUCUUUGAGUCUGAGGAUGCCCAGCUUAUCGCUCAGUCCAUUGGCCAGGCAUUCAGUGUAGCUUACCAGGAGUUUCUGAGAGCCAACGGCAUUAACCCCGAGGACCUGAGCCAGAAGGAGUACAGCGACAUCAUCAACACCCAGGAGAUGUACAAUGACGAUCUCAUUCACUUCUCCAACUCUGAAAACUGCAAAGAGCUGCAGCUUGAAAAGAGUAAAGGGGAGAUCCUGGGUGUGGUGAUCGUAGAGUCCGGCUGGGGCUCCAUUCUGCCCACGGUUAUCUUAGCCAACAUGAUGAACGGCGGGCCAGCGGCUCGCUCUGGCAAGCUCAGCAUCGGAGACCAGAUCAUGUCCAUCAACAACACCAGCCUCGUGGGGCUGCCACUCGCCACCUGUCAGGGAAUCAUUAAGGGCUUAAAGAACCAGGUCCAGGUGAAAAUGAACAUCGUCAGCUGCCCUCCGGUUACCACUGUCCUCAUUAAGAGACCAGAUCUUAAAUAUCAGCUGGGCUUCAGUGUCCAGAACGGCAUUAUAUGCAGUCUGAUGCGAGGAGGUAUCGCUGAGCGAGGUGGGGUCCGUGUGGGUCACAGGAUCAUUGAGAUCAAUGGGCAGAGCGUGGUGGCCACAGCACACGAGAAGAUCGUCCAGGCCCUCUCGAACUCUGUUGGCGAGAUUCACAUGAAGACCAUGCCGGCAGCCAUGUUCAGACUUCUCACAGGCCAGGAGACACCUAUGUACAUAUGAAAGAUGACCAAGGACCGUUCCCCAGGACAGGCUGUCGGCAGUGAUUGGUCAUCUCACAGGGCAAACCAAUCUGACCAGUGACCGGGAGGAAGGACGGCCUCUCCCUGUCAAUUCAUUUGUUUUGUUUGUUUGUUUUUUUUCCUUUGAGCUGAUGACUUCAAUUCCUCAUCAUCUUUCCCUUGUCUGUGCUUAACAUGCAACGGCCAUUUUAUUGACAUGAGAUGCUUUUUCCAUCUUUCCAGUUGAAGAGACAGCGUGUGUGCGUGUGGAUACUGUUUAUUUAUUUGUCCUGUCUGUGCUUUUCUGUGUCUGUGAUUGUGUGGAUGGACUUAUCCAGUGACUACAUCACAAUUAAUUUUUUUUAUAUACAUGUAACGCAAUAGGAUACUUCUACUAUACUUUCAUUUUCUUCUGUUUAUUUAUUUGUCAUGUAAAUACAUAUUUUGCUAAUAUUGUGACUGAAGGCAGUGGGGACGGAAGGGCCACAGCUGCAUUGUAAAUAUUUAUUGAAUCUUGCUGUUGAAUUGAGAGCAGACCUUGAUGAUGGCAAAGACCAUUAAAUGCCGGAUCAUAGUAGCUGCCAGUGAAAAGGGGAAUUACUUUAGUGUUUGAAAUGUUGGUAAGUUGAUAUGAUGUACAUGUGAAUCAAACCAAUUCUUGCAGCAGGGGUUUAUGGGAGAAACGCCAUAUCCUUUUGAUUUACUUCAUUUUACGGCAAUACACAAGUUCAACCUCUGAAUGGCAAGAUAAGUCUUUUCUAAAUCUCAUGUACAAACACUCCGAACAUUUAAAUAACAAGCAGCUGAAUAAAACUAUUAACAUGCAUUAAUUAUGCUUUUGAUAUCAAAGUCACAAGUAUGAAAAAUGAAGUUUCUUUUGCGUGCUAUUCUACUGUAUGUUCAUCUUUAGUGUCCCUGACUGAAACUCAUGAAAACUAUGAGUGGAUUGUGGAUAUAACUGUGUUGUGUGAGCUGUCCCAUUGCCAUAAGAAGUAUUAGAAUGUCUGUACAUAAAGAGAAACUUGUCUAGUAUUGUGCUCAUGUUAAAAAACAAAACAAAAAACAAAACACACAGGUUUAGUCACUGCAAACAUCUUCCCACCUGUACGUUGGCUCUCAGUCUUGAGAGGCUAAGAGAGAACUGUGAAUCACACACUGUGACAGAAAAAAAGCCUUACCACCGUGUAGUGGUUUCACGAUGCAUUGUAGUCAAUUUUAACCAUAGGAAUAUUAUCUGUGUGCAUGCCUUGUAAAGUAGUGUCAUUUCAUUGUGGCAAGGUAAUAAAAUUUGAGCUAAACCUGGCUGGUGUUGUUGGGCUGGAUCAAUCUACAAUGUGUAUCGAAAGAAAUGUUUGUAUUGUCGUACAAAAGCGUGGCGUCUGCACCUACCGGAGGUUUUCUCUCUUACUUUCACAGCUGGCCUGUUGUCUGUGGAAGCCCACUGCCACCAGGAAAGAAUAAAAAUAUAUGAAAAGUUA